AUGUACAAUAGUGUCCAUAGGUUCGUAUCUUUUCUAGAAAGAGAAGAGCAGGAAAGACUCUAUGCUGAAAAAAUGUUUGAAAAUUUUGAAUCAUUGGGAAAUUCUCUAACAAAGAUGUUUAAGGAACGCAAGGACAAAGAUGUGUACCUCCAGGAGACUGUUGCAAGACCGAGACAAGAGAUAAACAAAAAGUUUGAGAAGCUCCUAUAUCUCUUAACAAUGACAUGCAAUGAAAGCAGUGUACCGCUGUGUGUUGAGAUUAAAAAUGCCCAAGACGAAUUUGGAAUUACAUUUAAAGAUCUUUUGUAG